AUGUCUUCGAAAGUUAAAAAAGUAUGGAAGAACGAGGACGGAUACCUGCGCGCCGAGCGAAUGACUCGAUCGAUUCUCCUGUCCGUGGGACUGUGGCCUCUGCAAAAGGAUUAUCCGAGAUUCUUAAGGAACUUUCUGGUGGCGAUCUGCGUCGCGCUGAGUCUCUUCAUGAUGAUACCGCUGGGCAUAUUCAUAUACUCGGACGCUCCGAAUAUUUCGGUACGACUGCAACUCUCGGCACCUUUACUGUUCUCUGCCUUAUGCAUGAGCAAGUACGCGAAUCUGAUGUGGAAGGGUCCCAAAAUCGAGUCCUGCCUGAGGCGAAUGGCCGAGGACUGGCAAAAUGUGAAGGAUCCACUGGAGAGGUCGACGAUGCUGGACUACGCGAGACGAGCUCGGAGCAUGACCAAGUUUUGCAUGGCCCUGACGUUCACCGGUGGACUGUUUUACUCGACCGUAGGACCGCUCAGUCGUGCGCCGAUCGUCGUCGACAACGUUACCCUGCACCAGCUGGCCUAUCCAGGAAAUUUUAUUUUCUUCAAUCCUCGGACUCGGCCGGCCUACGAUUACGUGUUUGCCCUGCAAAGUCUCGGCAGUGUCGUGAGAUUUUCUUCGACGUGCGGAGUGUGCAGCAUCUUCAUCUGGUUCGUCAUGCACAUAUCCGGCCGAAUCGACGUGCUCGGCUCGACGAUCGAGCGAGCCGUCGAUCAACUCGACAAUCGGAUGCUCAAGCGAAUCGUCGACGAUCAACUGAAUUUGUACAGAUUAGCCAAGGAGCUCGGGGACAUCUUCAAUGAACUCUGCCUCGUCGAGUUCGUGGGAAAUACAGUAUUGAUUUGCCUCGUUGGAUAUUACAUGAUAAUCGCGCUACUCCAACACAAUUACACGCGAGCUUACACUCUCGCGAUCUCUUUGUCGAGCAUGACCUACAAUUUAUUCAUUCUGUGUUACUACGGACAGAUACUCAUGGAUAAGUUCGACGAGCUCGGCAGAUCCAUCUACAUGGCCGAUUGGCACAAGCUUUCGGGCAGCAACGCGCGCAGCAUCGUCCUACUGCUCGUCCGCGCGAACAGGCCCUUCGCCCUGACCGCGGGAAAGAUCAUCGUUUUAUCCAUGGCGAGCUUCGCUAAAGUAAUAAAAACAUCGGCUACGUACUUCAAUGUGCUUUGGAACAUUACCAGCCACAGCAUGAAUGCUCAGUAA